AUGUUGUCGAGACAGUCACUAGGUUCUCGUGGCAAUGCUGCCGUCAAUUUGAUACAGCAGAGCCGUGGUAGAAAAUCCAUGGCCUACCCACAGUAUGGCUACAAAGCGAGGAUAGAGAACCCAGGAGGUUCAACAUCCCAGUUCCGCCUGCUGCUGAAGGAAUUUCUAGGCCCCAAGAACUUCAGAGGUGAUUACCACUUCAACAAAUACUACUAUGCUAAGCAAGACCACACAACAAACUACCUUUCGGCGCCAUCGGAAGACGGCUCGUUGACCCGUCCCAUCUACGGACAUGUCAGAGAUGAUGCCGUCACACAAAACAGGCCCAAUGCCAACCGCAAUCUCCAGUUGACUCCCUUCAGGCUUAACGCAGACUGUAAAACCAAUACGAUGGUUUCGGAGGAGAUGAAGACCGAGAUUGUGAAUCAGAUAGACAAGGGUGUUUCGGAGAGAGACAUUGCAAUCAAAUACGGAUUGAAGCUUCCUCGCAUCGAAGCCAUCUACAAGUUGAGAGCAAUCGAAAAAGAAUGGGAAGAAAAGAACCUCAUUACCAAAGACAUCAAGACCAUGAGCACCACAAUGUACAAAAUGUUCCCAUUGCACGACCCAGUGGGUCUCAAGGAGAACCUUUCGGAAAUUCCAGUUCCUGUCAAGACGCUGAAGGCCAGGUUUUUGACCAUCGCAGAGAGUGAGCCAUUCGGACCUAUAGAAGCUGCCGAGUCUCUGGAGCUGGAGCCAGCAACUGAGACGCUUGCCAAACUAAUGGAGCACAGAGAAGAGAAGAAGACUAAGAAGCAGAAGGCUUUCAUGGCCCCUGUGCUUGACGGAGAGAGAGUGGCAUUUAGAUUCACUGAGGCCAAGGUUGGCGACGUUGGGUUCAGAUAUGGUGCUCCAUUGAGAGACACGAAGAAGGACAGAAAGAUAGAGUACGAUGCUAACGGAAAGAUGGUCUACGGUAUUUGA